UGUAGACAUGGUAUUUUGGACAGUGUAAUUUCUUCUGGAAAAGGAAAUCGCGGCUUUACUAAUCAUGCAUUGUUUAAAAACUUGUGGUUGUGCAAGUGUAAAUUCAUGCUUCUACACGGGACGGGCUAUUGAGGACAGACAUUUGAAGAAGCGUUUUACGUCGAAGGUCAAAGUGAUGGGAACGCCGAUGUGGGCUACGGGGGGCUCAGGGGGGCCCGCCCGGUUACCCCCAGCCCUGCGCUCCGUUCCCCCCGCCGCCUCCGGGCCCGGGAGGCGGUGCCCAGCGCCGGCCGCUCCGCCCCGCCCCGGCCCGGCCCGGCCCGGCAGGAAGGCCGAAGGCCGCCGUCCGAAGGCCGCAGCCCGCGGGCCGGGCGGGGCCGGGGCUGCCAUGGCCGCCUCCAUCCAGCUCGCUGGGAUUGUGCCUCUGCCUGGGGAGCGCACAGAUCAGUCGUAUUGUCAUCGGCUGCAGCAUGACAUGUAUUUCCUUACAAGCACUAGCCGACUGAAUGAGCAAGUGGUUGAUAAGAUUGUUCUUCAGCUCAACAGAGUCUAUCCCCAAAUUCUUACCAAUGAAGAAGCAGAAAAGUUCAGGAACCCAAAGGCAUCACUCCCUACCAGGCUCUCAGAUCUGUUAAAACACCUCCAAAAGAAAGGAGACAGACACUGUCAGGAGUUUUACAGGGCUCUGCAGAUCAAUGCUGAACAGCUGUUUAAUGACCUGCCAAGCAGGAAAAUCUUGAAAACCCCAGAUCCCACAGAGAUAGACACUGACAAGGAGCAAUAUAUGCUAAAUGACAGGGGCCCAGUGUUCUUCCUGGCGUGUUUCAGCGUGGCUGCAGGACUGGCCCUUUUCUGGUACUGCUGUAACUCGGAAGCGCAAGUCAUUGGAAGAGCCAGGAGAAUCUUGGGUUUUUCUCCUAUUAUCAUAGGAAGACAUGUUAGAAGUAUUUGUAUGUUGUAUUUGGAAGACAUGUCAAGAAAUUAAGGAAAAGCUGUUUCUUUGCUUGUCUGUACAGUACACCGGCCAAAGGAAGCCAACAGUGGAUAAAAAUGUCCUGUACUCAUACCAAAGAUUUUAUUAACUAGCUUAAUCGAUAAUUGCCUUGCCUCGCCUCCAGAUGUAUUCAGAAUUUCUGCUAUAAAUGUCCUUCUUUAUGGGAAUGGACUGUUUAUUUUUGUAAAUGCUUGAAGUAUUUAUUGUUUAUAUAAAAAUAUUUUUAUUACAAGCUUUAAAAUGAUCUCGUACGUGAGCAUGGGUCUGAAGCUAUGUUUGCAUAUGUGUUUUCUAUACUGGAAUGAAGGAUCACAACUGUUUGAAGAACUCUGGCUUUCCUUUUGUGAGAAUUAAUUUAAGAAAAGAACUUAAAUACUUGUACUCAAAGCCCUUACCAAGAAAUGGAUCUCCAUGUCAGCACUGUUUUGUCUAGACCCUUUAUAGUCACUGCCUGAGCUCAGGUGGGUACUGGCACCUGUGAAGUUUAUUUGGGCCAGUUCCCUUGAUGUGUGCCUUGAGUCUUCUGAUUCCCUGUUGAUGCCUCAUCCCAGUCUGCCUUGUUCCUGGUCUGACACAGCUGCUGGCCCUGGUUUGAAUGCCCUGAGGCUGUUGCAGGCUGCUUCCCAGCCCGUGGGCUGUUCCAGGGAAUGGAAUGUCUGACCUGAAGCACUUCAGACUACCAAGAAAGUGUUCCAGAUUCAUUUAGCUUUCCCUUUCCCAGUGAAGUAGAGGGAGACUGCAGAGAGACCUCGACAAAUGGGAGGGCUGGACAAUCACAAACCCUGUGAAGUUCUACGAGGGAAAGUGCCAGAUUGUGCACUUGGGAUGGUGCAACCCUGGAUGUAUGGACAGGCUGGGCAAUGAGAUGCUGGAGAGCAGCACCAUGCAAAGGGACCUGGGAAUCCUUAUAGAUGGAAAAUUGGAAAUGAGUCAGCAGUGCCCUGGCAGCCAGGAGGAACAUCCCUGUUCUGGGGGGCACCAGGCCCAGCAUGGCCAGUUGGGCCAGGGAGGGGAUUGUCCCUCUCUGCUCUGCACUGGGACGGCCUCACCUCAAGUGCUGGGGGCAGUUUGGGCAUCACAAUAUAAGAAUGAUAUUAAACUACUAGACAGCUUCAAAAGGACACCUCCAGGGAUGGGGCAGCAAUGGCUUCUCUGGGCAACCUGUGCCAGGGCUGGGGGAAGUAUUCUUUCCCAGUAUGGUACAGGAAAAUUUACUAUGGCUAAGGCUACAUUUUCCUUCCUUCUUGAGGUUGCUUGAGAUGAGGAUGUCUCUCAGGGAAAAAAAAUGAUCCAGAAUGAGCUAUGCCAAGGGUUAGAGCUGGAAGGAGGAAGAAAAAGUGAGUCUGGGUUCAUCCUAGUGUUAAAGGACGUAACAGCAAAGAAUAGAGAACAAUUUGUUCCUUCAUUAGUGCCAGUUAUUAAUAUGAACACUGAAUGUCAGGCUGCCUGUACAAUUGGCAUGUGCACAGGCUGGGAGACAUUCUUAGAAUAUUUUUCUUUCAGGAGCUUGCUUCUCUGCAAGCACAUCUAUGCAGAGCAUAUGGACAGUGAUAAUUCCAUUUUCAGCUCCUGGAGGAAGCACAUGUGCACCUGCAUGGGAGUCAGGUCCUCCUGGGCAAACAGUGUUACAGACUUGGGAAUAAAUCGAGCAGGGUCUUGGAUGAAGCUGUUCAGCUGCAGAAUUCUGGUUUCCCUGGCAAAUCAAGAACAGCUUGGCCUUUGCUGCUGAAACUGUGCUGGUAUUAAUUUAUAAACAUGGUUCAGACUUUGUGCAGGGAAGUUGUCCUGGCUGGGUUGUAGGUGGUUCCAUGCCGAGGGUGGAGGCCAUCCUUGUGAACACUGUGGCUGCUAUGCUGUAGGCAGGAAUUGUACAGGAGCUUAGCAGGCCUGAGCUGUGGAAAUGAUUAAGGCGGAGUAUGGGACCAUCUGUGUGCAGAGAGCUGGGAAGCAGUGAUAGAUCCUACAAAGAAUUUGCACAAUUCUUUUUAAAGCCAGACUGCUAUCUAAAGGACUUGGUGAAGGGUGAUGUGCCUGAUGAGCUGGAGUAGGAAUGAAGGGAUGAUUCAUUCUGGGAUGCACUGGGCUGCUUUACAGCUGCUGGAUGGAGUUCGCAGUUAAAAGUGCCUUUUCCAAGACAAAGUUAUUCCUUUUGUUUCUUUCACUUGUUGCUAUUUUUUUCAUAUUAUAAUAAACUGAAAACAUAUUUGAUCAAAAUGUGCCAUUGUGGAUGCUUUUCCCUGCCAGUCUGUGUGCACAGAUGUUACUCCAUGUUAUGCCAUGCCUUGGCUGUGGUGGCAAGAUUCAGUUUGCUGCACUUCACAGGGCCUGUGUCCUGUAUUAAUCUCUCUGAACGUACAUCCUUUAGAAAUUAAUGUAUUUCUUUUUUCAAUGGGGUGAAGCUGUCAAUUAAAUUGAAAUAAAAUCUGAGAGAAGAA